AUGUCGGGGAAUGGUGCAUCGAGUUCAUCAAUGAGCAUGAAAUCAGACGACGACAUGGUUGGUAAUAACAGGAACAAGAGUGUGUUGGUUGUUGACGAUGAUCCGCUCCUUCGAAUGUUUCAUGAUACGUAUCUCAAACAUGUUGGUCUAAAGACCCGAGUGGUUGAGAAUGGAAAAAAAGCUGUCGAUCUUUUCUAUCUUGGAGCUUAUUUUGAUCUCAUUUUAAUGGACAAAGAAAUGCCUGUCAUGAAUGGUGUCGAGGCAACUAAGGCGUUGAGAGCUAUGGGAGUGAGUAGCAUGAUCGUUGGUUUAACUUCUCGUGUGCCACCGUGUGAGAUGCAAGCUUUCAUGGCGGCUGGCCUCGAUUUUUGCUUUGAAAAACCUUUAUCUAUUAAUACAGUCGCUUUUCUUUUAAAAGAGCUCAACAAG